CACCUCUAGAGUGGAUACACAUAUGUAGAAGAGGCAAAUAAUAACCAUUUUGCAAGUUCUUUUACAGAUAUAAAUUUAAUAUGCGUAUAGUGAAGACUAGUGGUUAAUAUUAAGAAAUCAGCUAUAUCAGGAAUUGGAUUCAUUCUGAUUCUGUGUAUAACUUAAUGAUAAGUAAGCUAUACUAAACACGGAAAUGGAUUCGUUUGAUGUUUCUGAUAGAAACAGCUGGUAUUUUGGACCCAUGACCCGGCAGGAUGCUACAGAAGUUUUAAUGAACGAGCGGGAACGAGGCGUAUUUCUAGUCCGUGACAGUAACUCAAUAGCCGGGGAUUAUGUCCUUUGUGUAAGAGAAGAUACAAAAGUUAGCAACUACAUCAUUAACAAAGUUCAACAACAGGAUCACAUUGUGUACCGCAUUGGGGAUCAGUCAUUCGAUAAUCUACCGAAACUAUUGACCUUUUACACACUUCAUUACUUGGAUACAACCCCUCUUAAACGGCCUGCGUGUAAAAGUAAAAGGGUAGAAAAAGUAAUAGGAAAGUUCGACUUUGUUGGCAGCGAUCAGGAUGAUUUGCCAUUCCAUAGAGGUGAAAUUCUAACAGUGGUUCGAAAAGACGAAGAUCAAUGGUGGACUGCCCGUAAUUCAUCUGGGAAAAUUGGGCAAAUACCUGUUCCUUAUAUACAUUCGUAUGAUGAUUCAAUAGAUGAAGAUAAUAUAAAUGAACUCACCAAUACAGGAUCUAGCAAUCUGCUGGGAAACUCACUAAAAAGAACAGAUUUAAAUCGAAAAUUGCCAGCAUACGCCCGCGUAAAACAGUCUAGGGUCCCAAACGCCUACGAUAAGACUGCAUUGAAAUUGGAAAUUGGUGAUAUUAUCAAAGUCACCAAAACAAAUAUUAAUGGACAAUGGGAGGGGGAACUAAAUGGAAGAAUGGGCCAUUUUCCAUUCACGCAUGUUGAAUUUGUUGAUGAUUGUGAUUUAUUUAAAACCUCCACAGAAAUUCGGUAAAUGGCGAUGACAGCAACAAGACCAUAUUCAUUAUUAUUCUUUAAGUUGUGCAACCAAUUGUUAAUUGAUUUAGGAAAUUUAAAAUUCAAUAACUGAAAUAAAGUUGAAAAUAAACGGGUAAAAGGACGAGAUACUUUCCCGUUGUCAA